CCCCAGUUCUCUAGACUCUCAUAUCCAUCUGCAAACAGCUCGAGGCAACGAUCAGUAGCGAGCAGCAUAGCCAUCACGCGCUCCACGAGCACACUAAACAGCCAGGAACUCUUUGCAAGCGCUAGUGGAUUCUCCAUUCAGCCGGCUCCGAAUUCUCCGGACAGUCUCGCCUUUUGUAGUGGGCUGCAAGAGAGGUUAAGGCGUACAAGUAUGUGGCUUGGUGACAAGGACGGCAUUAAUAGCCUUGUGCUAGCGGGGCACCCUUCGUGGCGUCACACCUUGGAUUUGUUCCAGCCGCUGGACCGCUGAGCCGAUGGGACGAUGCCAGUGGCGGAUACAAUUCGGAGGGCAUUGGAUUUGAACGCUCGAGAAAACAGUGGUCAGUGCAUCGAUCUGGCGAGCAUGAAUGAUCCACAAAGGUGUGUGAAGAUAAUGUUUUCGAUUUUGGGCACUGCAGCACGCAAACGGCAUCAUUGUUUUGGCAACGCUAGAACGUCAGCAUGAUCCUCGAAGAACAAUGACUUCCACGAAACGACGAGGCCAUUGCCACGAGAAAAGCUUGUCUGGCAAGAUCGUCAAAUGAGAAGCCUACAUGAUCUUCGAGAAUCUGGGCGAUGGGAACGUUGGCCAGUGGGUCGUGCGCAUCAAGUCAUGCACAAGCCUCUCUCGAGCGGCGCAGCUCCACGCACAGUCGCACAAGAGCCUCGAAUUCGACAAUUACCUCUCCAAGCAGAUGUAUGGCAAAUGCGGCAGCCUCCAAAACGCUCGCAGCGUCUUUGACACCAUCCAGAUCUUCUCGUGGAACUUGCUGCUAUCGGUGCAUGCCCAGAACGGGGAAUUGGAGGAGGCCAGGCGGUCCCGUGCAAAGCCUCGGUGUCAUGGAACAUGACGGCGUGAGAAGCUGGAAGAAGCGAGGGCUGUUUUUGAUGGCAUGGAUUUGGAGGAAAGGGAUCCAGUGUCGUGGAAUGUGAUGUAUGCCCAUAGUGGGCAUUGAGGAGGUAUUUGAUGGAAUGCCACUUGGGCUCCUGGAAUGCGCUGUUUUGAGGAAGCGAAGGAUGUGUUUGAUGGUAUGCCCGCGAGGGACUUAAACUUCCUGGAGCACCAUGCUGGCGACUGUUGCCACCCUUGGGCAUCUUCAAGAAGUCAAGGAGUUUUUUUGGUUUGAUUCCCGAGUGGAAUACCGUCGCACGUUUUGACGAGAUUCCAUGCAGCAGCAUAUGCCCAAUGCGGGCAUCUUGGCCUUGUAGCUCGUUGACUCCAUGCCACGAGCGAAACUCCGUGUCAUGCACGACGAUCCUCGGCGGCUGACCCUACCAGCGGAGCAAGCAUCUACAAUGACUAUGUCGUGUGCUGGAAUGACAUGUCUAUGCUUGAAACGUAACCUGUUUUCUAUCUAGCAGUUCGCUAGAUUAGGUCUGCUAUCCGCUGCAUGGCACCAGUGACAUAGAGUGAGCUCCCUGGUUAGUAGAAACUUGGAAAAUGGCAAGAAAACGACUGGGUGGCAUAACCAUUAUUGCUUCUAGAGAAUAUCCGUGCGUCACACCCUAGAUGCCACUUGGGACAGCAACCAAGUCGUCCACUGGAACCAUCUCUAAGAUAUCCCCGAGGCGAAAUUCUAAGAAGCUCAUGCUUUUGGCAAGUCCAAUCCCUAAUCUCAAGCUUGAUCUUGUUCUACAAAGUCGCAAUGGUGGGAAGUUGUCUUGGAAGGAAAUACCAUUGGACUUUUUGAUGGAUUUGUGUCCACAAAAGCUCGCAUUGCUCCAGGCCUCAGGACCAUGCCAAGCAAAGCUUUCGAAAGUGCAGCACAAGGAGCAUGCUCUUCAAAGAGAUCGGCCAAUUGUAAGAGACAAUGGCCUGGAUGGAGCCACAGGACCUUGAUGAGUAUCUCCAAAACAUCCUCGCCAAUCUUCCAGGACAUCCGGUCCUCGUCCUCAUCAUCCAUUUCCUCGUCGUCCAUUUCCCCGUCGUCUUGGAUCGAGCUUUCCUUGGCAGCACUGGCAAACUGUCCAGGAGGGUUAUAUUCCUCUUUACUAUAAAGGCUCCGACGAUCUUGAGAGCAACCUUGCCUUCUUCUUCUUUGCGAGUUGGAAGGACUUCACUACUAUAUGGACAGUAUUUGUGUGUGAUCUUUUCUCCAGACGAGUGUUCAAAGGCACUACCCAAUUUUGAAUCUUACCAAAAAUAUUCCUUUGGAAUGGCCAUAGUGAGUGCAAGACGAUACAAGCUUGUUGUGCCUAUAUUCGAUAUCGGAGCUUGGAACUCUGUGUUGAUGUAGUGCGAAUGGAUGGGAGGAAAUCGAUGGCUCGGCGGAGUACUGUGUGGUCAAGGUGAAUGGUAUGGGUUGAAGGCUCUUCGAUCAGACGAGGAGCGAUUAGCAUCACAGUUGCUAAAGGUUAGCGUGCAAUUGGAGAUAUCAAGCUUGUCUCGCCACCAUUCGAAGUAUUCAAGCUUGAGAAGUGGCAGAAUGGUUUCUUAGGUGCCCGGUAUAAUACUGGGCCUGUGAAGUGGUGGGGAGCAAUGCCAAGGAGAUUGCAUGCUUGACUGGAACUGAUGAUCAAGAAGAUUGGGGACUGGACUUUGGAAUGAUGAAAGUUGACAACAAGUUUGUGAGCAUCACGUCCUCCUCCCUACAUUCCCCAUGCACUCUGUGCGGCACCCGCCACGAGAUUUAACUUGGUUUUCUCAUUUUCCAGGCCACUGCCAAGAAAAGCUAGAUCGUCAAAUGAGAAGCAUACAUGAUCUACGAGAAACUGGGCGAUGGCAACGUUGGCCAGUGGGUCGAGCGCAUCAAGUCAUGCACAAGCCUUUCUCGAGCGACGCAGCUCCACGCACAGCUCCUCCACUCGCACAAGAGUCUCGAAUUCGACACUUACCUCUCCAACUUGCUCGUCCAGAUGUAUGGCAAAUGCGGCAGCCUCCAAAACGCUCGCGACGUCUUUGACGGCAUCCGCCACAAAGAUGUCUUCUCGUGGAACUUGCUGCUCUCGGCGCAUGCCCAGAACGGGGAAUUGGAGGACGCCAGGCGGUUGUUUGAGGCCAUCCCGUGCAAAGACUCGGUGUCAUGGAACACGAUUUUGACUGCGCUCGUCCAGGGCGAGAGGGUGGACGAAGCGAGGGCUAUCUUUGAUGACAUGGAUUUGGAGGACAGGGAUCCGGUGUCGUGGAAUGUGAUGCUUACUGGAUAUGCCCAAGCUGGGCAUUUGGAGAAAGCACAGGAGGUUUUUGAUGGGAUGCCGGUUUGGAACUUGAGCUCCUGGAAUGCGCUGUUGUCGGGAUACUCGCAAGCGGAUUGUUUUGAGGAAGCCAAGGAUGUGUUUGAUCGCAUGCCCGCGAAAGAUUUAACUUCGUGGAGUGCCAUGCUUGCUACAGUUGCUACCUUGGGGCAUAUGUCUGAAGCUAAGGAGUUUUUUGGGUUAAUCCCCGAGUGGAAUACCAUUUCAUGCACGGCUAUGCUGUCGUGCUUUGCGAAACACGGGCAUUUAGAACAAGCUAAAAGUGUUUUUGACAAGAUGCCUGUGAGGGAUUUUAUUUCGUGGAACGCCAUGCUAUCUGCAUAUACCCAAUGCGAGCAUCUUGAUUCUGCCUUGGAGCUCUUUAACGCCAUGCCCGAGCGAAACUCCGUGUCGUGCACGACAAUCCUCGGCGGCUGCGCUCACAGCAAUCGAGCUAGUGAAGCGGAGCGCAUCUUUGCGAGUAUCCCGGGUCGCUACAACGACGAUGUCGUGUGCUGGAAUGCCAUGCUGAGCGUCUAUGCUCGCGACGGAAACUCCUUGGAGAAUUCUAGGAUUUUCUUCGAGGCCAUGCCGCGCCGGAACCUCGUCUCGUUUGUCACCAUGAUGUGCGCCUACGCUCAGAGUGGGAGAUGCCAGGACGCCGGAGCUCUGCUGGAUAGGAUGCCACACCACGACGUGGUUUCAUCUACGUCGGCGAUCCACGCAUAUGCGCAACGAGGGCUUUUGCGUGAGGCGAUGGAUGUGUUCUCGGCGAUGCGCGAGUGGAGCGUGGUGGCAUGCAACGCGAUGGUAAAUGGGUUUUCCCAGCUUGGGCGUGUGGAAGAGGCCAAGGCAAUUGUGGAUUCCAUGCCUGCCCACGACGUGAGCUCCUGGAACGCUAUCCUCGUCGCGUAUGCCCGCGAAGGGCAUAUGGAACAGCUCGAGCGGUUCUUUACCGCGAUGCCGGACAAGAACGCUGCGUCGUGGAGCUUGCUCAUCGCCGCCAUCGCCGGUGAUGGCAGGCCCAGCGCCGCGAGAAAGAUCUUCGAGACCAUCAGUCGCGACGAGGAUUUGCCGCUGUGGAACACGAUGCUGGGAGUUCUCGCACAGAGCUCGCAAGACAUCGGCACCGCCGAGGAGAUGUUUAGAGAGAUGACGAUGGCAGGCGCGAGCAGCCCAGAUGAGAUCAGCUUUACGUGGAUUCUACUCGAGUGUAGCCAUUCGGGGGACUUGGAGGCGGGAUAUGGAUGGUUUUGCUCCAUGAGAAUGGACUAUGGCGUGAGAACGAGCAAGCAGCACUAUGGGUGUGUGAUCGACUUGCUGGGGCGAGCUGGGCGACUGGACGAAGCUCAGGAUCUUCUCGCAAACAUGCCGUUCAAGCCGCAAGCUCCUGAGUGGACUUGCUUUCUCGGAGCUUGCAGGAAGAGUUAUAGCCCUGACACCACGAUGAACUUGGCGGCAAGUAGAGUGUUUGUCCUUGAGCCGAAAAAUGCUGCUCCUUACCUGUUGCUCACUAGAAGAAACACUAGCAACUAAAAUAGAUAAUAUUUCUCUCUCUAC